CGUUGGGCAUAAGUAACCGGGGUGGAGAAGACACGCAGCGACGUGGGACGGAAAACCCAGACCGUGUCCCAAUUCAGGGGCCGCCUCAACCAACGAGUGGACCCUCCCCAGCCCAGGCUAUCCCAGGAUUCAAUGUUCGCCGGUUUAGAAGGGAGAUAAUGGCGGCCAACGAUAACGCAAAUGGGGAAUAUACUUCUUUAAUACAGGGAGAUGUGACAAUCACUCACUUGAGAGCUCAUUGUGGAUAAGCUCAGCGAAACUGGGGUCAUCCCCCCACCAGAAAAGCCAGAGUUCUCUGCGACCCGGGGUGUGGUGUCUUCUCCACACACUCAGCACAUCAGCCGCCAAGCAUCGGCUGAAGCUGCACAAGAUAGGGUCCUCCUCGGUCACGGGGAACAGGAUGGGCGACGAGGGCGGAGACUCCACACAAGCAAAUCCGCUUGCGCGUCCCUCCCCGAGAAGGCGGAGCGCCGGAUGCGUCGACAAGAUGUCAACAACAUGCCGGAGUCUUCCAGAGGAGCGGACGCGGACACUGCAGUGAGGGAGAGACAACAAAGAGAGCCAGGAGGCCCGCCGUCUCAGAACGUCGUGUCUGCGAUAUCACAGUUCGCAGACGAUAAUCUAACACUCGUGCGGAACAUAAGCACUGGGCUGGCGAUUGCUGGUGUUCUCGUAAUAGCAAGGAGUAUCAGGCUGAUCACCAAAUUUCAAGCUGCGUCCGAGAUCCCGGCUCGUUUUAUUGAGAGGAACGUCAGCCUUCGUGGGAAAGUUCAUUCAAUCACAGAGAAGGGACUGGAAGUGGAGCACGUCCCGAUUUAUCUGCCAGUCCUCUCGCCAUUACUCUCAAAACACAAAGUUGUGUCCACGUCUUUUUUGCUGGUGCGUCUUGCCGGAGUGGAGCUGACCCCAGAGGGGAGGGUAUGGCUGCAGAACAACCUGGCUCCUGCUCAAACAGUCUGGCUAAAACUGAUCAGCCGCCAGGAUGACACCCUACAAUGUUUGGUGUCUCAAAGCAGGGGGUGGAUGUGGAGCUACUGUAUGAACGAUGAGGUCCUCAAGCUCGGUCUGGCUCGCACUGCGCCCAUCGCUGUCCUGCCUGACUCUCGCUUCUACUGGCGUCUCCACAAACGGCUGCACAGGGCAGAGGUCAAAGCUGAGAGGAAGGGGCAAGGUCUGUGGAAGAAGGACAGCCUAUGGGAAAGAGCCUCCAAGGCCACCAGGGACAGUGCUUUAUUCAGACUGAUGAGGAGGAUCUUUAAAAGGACUUGACUAAUCGAAUCCAAGGCAGAAUCCAAAAGAGUUUGUAGUCUUUAAGUUCUGAAGUAAUCAAAACCUGACAUCAGUCAUUAUAAUUUUUGGACACGUUUAAUGGAGUUCCUCUUCUGUACAUAAAGUGUAAAAAGGGUGUUAUGGCUUUUUUUUCAGUAAGAACAAUGGUAACAUCUUUCACUCACGAUACACUUCUCAGGCGAUAAAAACAGUUACAUUUGUUACAUUUACAUUCAUGACAUCUGUAACAAAAGAAGUAUAUGCUUCGACUGUGUUUCACCAUCUUUCAUAGUUUGAUUUUUAAAAUGGUUAUUCGAAACCCUGUCACAAGUCCUGAUACUAAUCCCUCAGCUUUCACUUACCCCCUUAACGCACAGCUAAGAACAGCCCUCGUGCUGUGUGUGUGUGUGUGUGUGUGUGUGUGUGUGUGUGUGCGUGUGUGCGUGUGUGCGUGUGUGUGUGCGUGCGUGUGUGUGUGUGUGUGUGCGUGGGACACCCCACUAAACACAAGAUGGGGGCGGGGUAUGUUAAUGGUGUUCAAAAUGGAGAGGGGGGGUCCACUUGUCCCUCUCUGAAAUCACUGUUGCUAUAGAAACAGCAAAUGGGAAAUACAAAGGAGAAAACUCUAUAUUGACCGUCCCAAACCCCAUGGGAGCAUUAUAUGCAGUCUGUGUGUGUGUCUGUGCGGAGGGGUCUUUAAGUGCCAAUGACUAGGGCUAGGUGUAAUGUGUCCAAGACAUUAGAGUAUUCUAUCACUGAAAUACAAGAGAAAGGUGACCAAACCUGUAAAAUGUGAUAUAUAUGAUUAUAUAAAUUCCUAUAAACCCUUGGUGGAAUAAAUAAUGUGUUAAUCAA